GCAGAUUGUUGUCCUUCCACUGAGGAGAGAUACAGACACUGAGAGACAUAUAUUCAAAGCAAAGACAGGACGUCCCCUGGGGGAAAACAGCUACAGGAAGAAACAAUAUAAGAGAAUAUGGCUUCUCUAUUAGAAGAGGAUCUGUCCUGUCCUGUCUGCCAGGACAUCUUCAAAGAUCCUGUUGUCCUGUCAUGUAGCCACAGCUUCUGUAAAGACUGUCUGCAGAGUUGGUGGAGAGGGAAGCUAGUAUUGGAGUGUCCAGUUUGUAAAGGAACGCCUUUACAGCGUGAUCCACCUCGUAACUUGGCACUGAAGAACCUGUGUGAGACGUUCAUACUCAAAAGAGAUGAGGGAGGUUCAGCAGAGUCUGAGGCUCUCUGCAGUCUGCACUCUGAGAAAUUCAAACUCUUUUGCCUGGACCAUCAGCAGCCAGUGUGUCUCAUCUGCAGAGAUUCAAAGACACACAAAAAACACAGAUUUAUACCCAUCAUUGAAGCAGCACAGGAUCACAGAGAGGAGCUCCAGAAAGUUCUGAAGCCCUUACAGAGGAAGCUGAAGCUCUUUGAACAAGUUAAAGAAAACUGUGAUCAAACAGCAGAACACAUUAAGGUCCAGGCCGAACACACAGAGAGACAGAUUGAGGAACAGUUUAUGAAGCUUCACCAGUUUCUACAAGAGGAAGAGGAGGCCAGGAUCACUUCACUGAGGGUGGAGGAGUGGAAGAAGAGUCAGAUGAUGAAUGAUCAGAUUGAGGCUCUGAGCAGAGAGAUAGCAGCUCUUUCAGACACAAUCAGAGCCACAGAGGAGGAGCUGAGAGCUGAAGACGUCUCAUUCCUGCAGAACUACAAGGCUGCAGUUAAAAGAGUCCAGCAGCGCCCCCUGCUGGAGGAUCCACAGCUUCCCUCAGGAGCUCUGAUAGACGUGCCUAAACACCUGGGCAACCUGACCUUCAACAUCUGGAAGAAGAUGAAGGAGAUGGUCUCCUACACUCCCGUGAUUCUGGAUCCAAACACUGCUCAUCCAGAACUCAUCCUGUCUGAAGAUCUGACCAGUGUGAGAUGUGGAGAAGCACAAAAGCUUCCAGAAAAUCCAGAAAGGAUUUAUUUCUACCCCUCUGUCCUGGGCUCUGAGGGCUUUAAUUCAGGGACUCACAGCUGGGAUGUUGAGGUUGGAAGCAGUCCGGUCUGGGCAGUGGGAGUGUUAGCGGAGUCUGUCCUGAAUAACGUAGACAGACCGUCUGGAUUAUUCAGAAUUGUGUUCUGUGAUGGUGAGUUCACAGCGGACUCCAAUCCAAAUCACCCCACUGUUCUCCCAAUAACAAAGAAGUUCCAGAGGAUCAGAGUCAAACUGGACUGGAACAGAAAAAAGCUGUCAUUCUCUGAUGCAGAUACUGACACACACAUACACACCUUUACACAUCCCUUUACUGAGAGGCUGUUUCCAUACUUUAACUCUGUAAAUACAUACCCACUGAAGGUUAUCAAACUUCCUGUCUUUGUGGGAUUAAGACAGUAGACAGAGAGAUGAUAUGGAUGAUGAUUAUGUGAGUGAUGAUGUGCAUAUUUUCCUUUUUUUUUUUGUUAAGGCAUUUCAGUAAUGCUGUUUUAGACGUACAGUGACUUUAUCAAUGUGAACAUGGCCUGGGUUUAGCCUGUCUCACAGCAGCACAUUUGACGCAGUUGGUUUGAUCUUAGUCUAAAAAUAAAAAGUUGGCAGUUGGUCCUGUAAAACCAGUCACCAAACCAUAUGCUGUUACUGAAAAUGUUAACCUUAUCUAGUCUGUACAAAGUGAAAGCCUUCCCUUACCUAAACUAGGGUGAACAUGCACCCAUGAAGUUGCUUUUUUUUUGCUUUUUUAUUAUAGUUUCGUCCAUAAUUUUUAUCAGUUGUGGGUAACAUUUUACGUAGGAUCUGAGAAGAGUAAGAUGAUUGCACAUUAAAAAAUAAUUGUAACAUUUUCCUUGUAUCUUCCAAAUGUUUGGUAAAACUGGGGUUAAACAUGACAUGGGUUAUAAAAAUCAACAUUUUCUUCUACUUCUUUAUUACUCUAUAUUUUAUUCUUUGUUGUAUUUUGCAUUUCAAAAUAGUUAUCUAUAUACAAUUAGGUUUACAAUCUGAUGAAAGGAAUCUGUGGUAUAUUGACAAAAUGUAAAAUAAAUUUUUUAAAACUCUCA